GGCUGCUAUGAAACCUAGGAAGUGUGAUGCUCCACUCAGGGUCACUUACAGUGUGCACAUGUCCCAGCACCAGCCUAAGACUCCUAUUCAGUUGUGGCCAUGGGCUUGUGAUUUUAGGAAGUGUGCAUUUCAGGAGGUUAGAUCAUUGGUUCAAAUCGCAGGGCUGGCAGAGUGAUUUCACCCCUAAUCCCCAAUCGCAACAGGUACCCUGCUUUCUCAAAGACAGAAAAACAUGCAUAGCUUUGGAUAAAAUAUAUUUUCUACAAAAUGAAUAAAAUGUAAUUGUGGUUCCCAUCCUAGAAGUGAGUUACCUUCCAGGAUGAGAACCACAGGACACAGGUGAAAGCAGUCUUGAGGGGAGACUAAACCAUUUCAGGGCACAUAAACACUGAGCAAUUUACAGAUGCUAGUUGGUCUAUAUCUGGAGUAUCUAAAGAAAAGCCAGGCACAAGAACAACCAGGUAAACUCCAGACAGAACAAGAGUGGAAUUAAAACCUUUAACCCCAGAUAUGUGACUACAAUUCUACCCACAGUUAUAUCAUAAUUUUCAAUUUACCUUUUAGCACCUUUGAAUCUUUAUUGUACAAUUAGAUCAUUUGACCUUUAUAAUGCUUUAUUUUUGUAUUGACUAGUAAAAUCGACACAUUCUGACCAAUUAUACUUUGUGUAUUGGUAGUUAACAUGCUACCUAAAUGAUAAUUAUGUGAACAAUUUAAUAAAGUAUAUCAUAUAUGCUAUCUUACUGAACAAUUGAAACUAGCAACUUAAGUCAAAUAUUACGUGUGCACUCGGCACCUCUCCAGGCUAUUGUGCUGCGUGGCUGGCUAGCUGCUCAACGCUCUUAUGGUACUGGCGCUGUCCCUCGCUCACACUGCAGUGUGCAAUUAGCGGUCAUUCACAACAGGCAUAAUAGCCAAGUAGGCAGACUAUGUAACAGAGAAUCGCUCCCCUAAAUUUGCUGCAUUUUGGUGGGGGGGGAAAUGUUGCCAGGUUAGUCUGAAAAGUUGGUAAAUCCAGCAACAAAAAAUUGGUAGCACCAGCCUUCCCAAUUCGCUCGCAGUGGACGCGCGAGAACGCCUUUCCCAUAAUACUUUUCGGUUAUGACGGCAAAUUCUUUCCCGUGCUGAUUUUCCGGUUCCGCCUUUUGUUGUAUUUUGUAAGGCGAGGGGGCUGCUCAUGCUCGUGCUUUGCUGCGUUUCAGGUGUGCAUACUGAAAAAUCAAAGUAGACACCAACACGAGCAGCCUCAUGUAUGUAUAAAAUGCCCCGUGAGUAAGUAUAUUACAUGCGGCAUAAUGGCAUAUUUAGCUUUGCUAGAGGACAUUGCGCGUAGCCAAAUACGACGGGAGCGAGUAUUUAGAGAUCGCAAUGAUUUUUUUUCCAAUGAUGAUUCGUGGCUUAUCAGUCAUUUUAGACUGCCAAGAACAAUUCUCAUGGAAUUGUGCAAUGAAUUGGCCCCGACUCUUGAACGGCCUACAUCACGGAAUCAUGCUGUUCCUGUCCAACUCCAAGUACUGACAACACUUGGAUUUUUGGCAACAGGAACAUACCAACGCGAACUGGCUGACAGAUCAGGGAUAUCCCAGCCUACAAUGAGUUCCUUUAUUCCUCAAGUAGUGGCUGGCAUUAACCGACUGUCAAGACAGCAUAUUAAGUUUCCAUGUGGAGCCGAUGUACAGGCAAACAUCAAAACGCAAUUUGCAGCAGUGUCCAGGUUUCCUAAUGUCAUCGGUGCUAUUGACUGCACACACAUUGCUAUAAAAGCGCCAUCAGAGAAUGAAGCUACUUUUCUGAACAAAACACAGUUUCAUUCCAUCAAUGUGCAACUAAUCUGUGAUGCCAACAUGGUUUUAACAAAUGUUGUUGCACGUUGGCCUGGAUCUACACAUGAUGCUGUUAUAUUACAAAAGAGCAGUGUAGGACGUAAUCUCGAGGCUGGGGUACUUCAAGAUGGUUGGCUGAUUGGUAAGUUGAAUGAACACAUAUAUACACCAUAUGAAAUGUAUGGCAGAGUUUUUGUAUAUAUGUUUUCCUUUGACCAAUAUGUCCAUGUGCCACUCACAGGAGAUAGUGCUUACCCACUUAAGCCCUGGCUGUUAACCCCAUUCCACCAUCCAUGCAGUGAAGAGGAACACCGGUUUAAUGAGGCACACGGAGUGGCACAUAAAGUGAUAGCGCGCACCAUAAGUUGUAUGAAAAAAAGGUGGCGGUGUUUGGACAGGUCGGGUGGCGUUCUAAUAUACCACCCGACAAAGGUGUGCAAUAUUGUAAUAGCUUGUUGUGUCCUACACAACUUGGCCCAACGACACAACCUGCCUCUUCCUGAACCACUAAACAUCGAAGUGGAUGAUAUCGCUGUUGAGCCCCUGCCGGAACCAGCUGACCCCUCUGCUGUGAGACUGAGGGAGGAUGUUUGCAAGAGAAUGUAAAACUCACCCAGGAUGGCUGCUGGGCAUGCAGAUAGGGCUUCCCUGUUCUAGGGGAUGCUGAAAUCUCCACCCCUCAUUGACUCGCAUUGCUGUGUGACUUUGGUCACAGUUCAAGGCGGAUUGUGCCCAUGCAGGAGGAGACCACAUGGGUCAGUGGCAACUUGACAAUAAACAGCGAUAAAAUUGCAUUUCAGAAGUUUUCUUCAAGACAUCUGGCGUUCAGAAACGGUUUAAUAAUUAGCAAUGACUUGUGUAAUUGCACUUUUACAAAAGAAAGUAUCAGCCUCAAGCUGUUCGUCAGCAGGCUCCGUAUGGUUCACUAGGGUUGCACUCUGUGCUCGUAAUCAAAGCCCUUAACCCCAUUCGCUCCAGGGACACUGUCUGGCCCUGCUAUCUGAUCCGCACUUGUGUACGGCUUUUAUUUAGUCUCUGCUAAAUACAUGUAGGUGUUGCUGAUUGUUCUUAACAUAAAAUGCAUGCUGAAUUAACUUAAAAUGUGCCACUGGUACAUUGUUGAUGGAAAUGUUAUGUCUGGCUUAAAAGCAACCAGCCAUUAAUGCUGACAUGGAUGUAAUAUCACGUUUUAAAAUGAAUGGCAAUUGCCUUUAUGAGACUAAAACUAACACUCAAGUUAAUUUAGAUGAGGAUUUGGUCAUUGCAGAUAUUCACCUCAGAAAUUAAAUUGUGCUUGAUUUUAAUUUUUUAACAAAUAUGAGGAAAAUGAAUGCUGCUUGGUAGUAUGUGAAGAUACCAGAGUGGCCUGAAAAGAAAGCUGGAAAUUAUCAAAAACACAUCACAUCUCAGGGAUAUUCCAGAAAGCGGGUUUAGCAUCCCACUUUCUUUCCGAUGGCGAGUACCUUUGCCUGCAAAGUAUUUCUCAUCCCAUUCCAUAAUGUAUUCAAUGGCAUAAUGUACCUGUGGGAUCAGUAAAGUUUCAUAUGAUUUGAUUAAAGUUUGUUUGUUGUA